AUGACGGGAUCAAGGGAUUUGGAGGCCAACGGGGCCUCACCUCGAUUCGAAGGGGCCGACAGUGGUUUCAUAGAGAAGGCUCCUACACGAGGAACUGGUUCAAGGAUGCACGCUUCUGUCUAUAUUGUGACAUGGAUCUUCUUUUCCAACACAACUAUUCUCUUCAACAAGUGGCUCAUUGACACUGCUGGAUUUCCCAUCAUUCUCACCACAUGGCAUCUCCUUUUUGCAACGAUAGCCACACAACUUCUCGCUCGGACAACUUCUCUUCUCGAUUCUCGCCAUGCGCUUCCUUUAUCUCGACGGCUUUAUGUGCGGACGAUCCUCCCUAUCGGCGUCCUCUACUCGGCAUCGCUCGUAUUUUCCAAUAUCGUCUACCUCUAUCUGUCGGUCUCUUUUAUCCAGAUGCUUAAAGCCACCGGCCCUGUCUGCACACUCAUCGCUUCAUGGGCAUGGGGGGUUGCUCAACCUGACGGCAAGACCUUCGCCAAUGUCAUGAUUAUCGUGGUCGGUGUUGCCAUUGCCAGCUUCGGGGAAAUCGAGUUCUCCAUGUGGGGUUUCAUCUUUCAGAUGUGUGGUACCGUUGCCGAAGCUGUGCGCGUUGUCAUGAUUCAAGUCAUGCUCAGUGCCGAAGGUCUCCGCAUGGAUCCCCUUGUCGGUCUCUACUACUACGCACCUGUCUGUACCCUCAUGAACCUGGUUGUCGUCUGCUUCAGUGAAGGUCCUCGAUUUAAGUGGGAAGAUGCAGCCACUGCAGGCUAUGGCAUGCUCUUCGCUAACGCAUGUCUUGCAUUCAUCCUAAAUGUCAUCAGUGUCUUCCUUAUUGGUAAGACUUCAGGACUUGUCAUGACUCUCAGUGGUAUCCUUAAGAGCAUUCUCCUCGUGGCAGCGUCCGUCAUUAUUUGGAGCACCCACAUCAGUCUUCUUCAAACACUCGGAUACUCAAUUGCCCUCAUGGGUCUCGUUUUGUAUUCGAUAGGUUACGAGCAGCUACUCAACACUUGGGAUGGGCUAGUUGCGUGGGGUACAGGUACACUCAACCGUGAAGGCGAAAUGUCUUCGGCAUUGCGCAAAGCGAUUAUGGUCGGUUGCCUGGGUUUCAUCACCGUGAUCAUUGCCGGAGCAUUGUGGCAUUACCACGGAUUCUCUGGCACCCCAGUUGCGCGGGCAACAACAUCGUGGUUUGGCCAUUAA